AUGGCACGCAUAUUCCCCGCGGUAGAACCAGCAUUAAUCUACACAACGAAUCGUAUCCCUACUCCGUCGGUUAAACCGCCGCUGUUCACACAUUACAUACCAUUUUACAUAUACUUGCUAGACCGAAUACGUGAGCAUGACAGAACGACAGUUGAGAAUAAGGGUCGCGAAGCACAUAUCGGCGUGGAUGAUCAAUUGAUUAGCUACUUUGAUUUGUGGUCAUGUGGUCAAUUCUCUGGUCCCGUGACUGAAGUUGGAUCAUCAGCUCAAGCAACCGCCGUUACUAUCGGACGUCAUUUGAACACUGGCCAUCUGGAAAGUUUGCCGAUUCCUACUUCUGUCCUUGGAUCCACUGUCACCACUCCUAACGUUCCCGCAGAAGCGACACCUACACAACCGAGUUCUGGCAGCAAACGUGACGGGAAAAAAAUACAGUUGCAAGAUCUUCGGAACAUUUUGUCAUCUGUGUCUGAGGCAACCAAAAAGUCAGAAACUCCCAUCGAUCUCAAUGACGCACUCAAUGUGGACAGUCUGCGCGGUCUGUUGGAGAAACCGGAGAUUCAAGCACGUCUGCUACCGCACCUUCCUGACAUUGGUGACUCCUCAGACCAUUUAUCAAACUUGACAACAAAUAUCCGGUCGUCACAAUUCAAAUCAAUGUUGAAAUCGUUUUCAGUUGCCUUUCAAUCGGGUGAACUUUCCUCCGUUCUCGCCCAAUUCCACCUCGGUGCCAAAGCGGAUGAGGCAGCUCGUCGUGGAGGUGAGCGCAAGCACUGUUGA